UGGGCCCCCCAUGUAGUGGGAGGGGGUCUGAGCCCCCUGUGCCAAGGAAGGGGGCCCAGAGGGGUCUCCGCGCAGGCACUGAUCUUGCUCCCCCCAGAUGUCCAAGGCUGCUCCCAAGGCAGCCCCCCCGGCCCCCAAGGCAGCCCCCCCAGCAGCCAAGCCAGCUCCGAAGAAAGGGGCCACACCAGCCCCCCCGGGCUUCAGCCUCGACAUCAACGACCCGCAGGUGCAGAAUGCAGCCAUCCGCAUCCAGGCGUCCUACCGCGGACACAGGUCCCGCAAGGAGCUGAGGGAGAAGGGGCCGCCGCGAGUGCUGGAGGGGCUGAAGGACACAAUGCUGAUCGAGGGCAGUGCAGCCAAGCUGUCCUGCCGCAUCAGCGCCUUCCCCGACCCCUUCAUCCGCUGGUCCAAGGACGGGGUGGAGCUGAAAGAUGGCCCCAAGCACCGCUACAUCUUCGAGGACCCUGACAUCGUGGCUCUGGUGGUGCGGGACGGCGGCCUGGCCGACCUGGGCCGCUACACCGUCUCCGUCAAGAACCCCUUUGGGGAGUGCUUCGACUCCGCGCGCAUCCUCGUUGAGGUGCCUGCCAAAAUUGAGAAGGGGCCAGAGAGCACCAAGGCCAAGGUGGGCUCCAAGGUCAUGCUGACGGCGCUCAUCAGCGGGCAGCCGGAGCCCGAGGUGGGCUGGGCCAAGGACGGCCAAGACAUCGAGGAGGACGACCGGGUCUUCUACGACAUCGGCAGCGACUCCACGACGCUGACCAUCAGGUCGGUGGAGAAGGGCGACGCGGGCAAGUACGAGGUGUUCGUGGAGAACAGCCUGGGCAUGGACGAGUCCUUCGCGCGCCUCGACGUGCUCUGACCCCCGCGCCCCGCGCAGCCGG